AUGUUAGAUGUAAUAUUAAAGGGACAAACUAUGAUGUAUGUAGUCUUGGUAACUCAUCCUGUUCACGUGACUACUUUUAAAUUUUCUAAAUCCUUUUUCCACUUUUCGUCAUUUGCCGAUUCUUUCUCUUUCUGCUUCAUUACCCUCUACGACAUGCUAUCUAGAAUUGCAAGAAACAGUUUAAGAGGAGCAUCAAUUUCCCAGAAUGCUGCCGGCAUUUCCCGAAUUACAACGGUGUCGAGAAAAUUUGCUACUGCUUCCUCCAAUGACAAUGGAGCAACAGAAGUUUUCACCAAAUUGUCCGACUCCAAAGAUCCUAAAAGAACACCAUUUUUCCAAUAUAGUUGGGGUUCAUGGUUAAAAGAUGACAAGUUAAUGAAAAAGCAACGUGAAACUGUAUUUUCGAUUGAAGGGUUGACAACUACUCUUCAAGAUUUGAAUAAAUUGAGAGGUGAUUCGAGUGAGUUGACUGCACCAAAGGAAAAUAAAGGGUCAUUUGUAUUGCAGAAUAACUUGACUGAUGAUUUAAUUGGUCCUAAAUCUGACAAGCUCAUUGUUAAAUCAAUUGCUUCCAUCCACGAGGGAAAACAUCAUAGAAUAUAUAAAGUGACAUUGUCAACUGGUAAGGAGUUAGUAUUGAGAAUUCCUUACAAGAUCGAUUCUGAUGCGGCAAUUGCUUCCAAGAUUAAGAGUGAAGUUGCCACUUUGGACUUCUUGGAUUUGAAGUUGAACUUGAAUGUUCCAAAAGUCGUCUCGUAUGGUGUGGAUUUUAAGAAUGACGUUGGGUCUCCAUUCAUCUUGCAAGAAUUCGUUGAAGGUGAUUUAUUAAUGAAAAAAUGGCACCCUUUAGACCCAGAUUCAAAAGAGACGGAAGAAAAAUUGAAACAAGUAAUUGACCCAAUUGCCAAGUUUCAAGAUGAUAUACUUGAGGUGACAUUCAACAAAUUCGGUUCAUUGUACUUUUACAAUGACGUUGCACCAACACUACAAUCUCAAGAACCAUACAAUGAGGAAAAAGAUGAAAAGUUAUUAAAGAGGUGGAGAAUUGGACCAAGUGUUGAGAAACAAUUUACCAAGGAUAAGAACAAGUUGUCACAAAAGACCAUCGAUCAAUACAAUGGACCUUGGGAUGCUUCUAAUCCAUUACAAGUUAUGGAGUCAGUGGCUGAUAUUGAGUUGGAAAACGUCAAGAAUAAACUCGCCAUUGUUGAUGCUGAUGCAGGUGAUGUUUCCGAUAAGCAACUCUUACAAGAUCAAAUCAAAACUUUUGAACAUUUGAAGACAAUUACUCCUAAGUUGUUGAACCCUCAAUCAAAAUCUAUAAUGAAUGUUGAAAAAUUAUUCGAACCUAAAUUGUAUGUACCGGACUUGGAUCCAUUGAAUGUAAUCGAAUCAAAAAAAGGCAACUAUUUUAUUGACUUUGAAAAUACCACAAUCAAGCCAUUCAUAUUGACAAGUUACCCGAAUUUUGUUUCUUACCAUGGAACCAAAGUAUACAACUUAGAAGAAGACAUUCCCGGAUUUGCCGAGAUGGAUCCUGCCGAAAAGCAACAAUAUGAAUUUAUGUACUACAAGACAAGAAAUGAGAGACUUUGGGAAGUCGAGUUAAAUAAACAUAGACAUGACUUGAUUGCAGUUGCAUCUCCACAUUUGAAAGUUUUGAAAUCACCUUACUUGCAAGCUCUCGACUUGAAGACACCAAAGGAUUACCUUUAUGUUGAAGGUUCAAUUGUCCAAUUACAAGCAAUGUGGGAUGCCUAUGUUGCCAAUGAACUUGUCAAUCAAGACAAAAAUGAUUCAGAAUUUCCAAUCAAGUAUGAUGAAGAAUUUUUGGAUAAACACCAACUGGACUUGAGUGAUUACCAAAUGGAAACUGUCUCUAGUCCAUUCAGCGCUACUGGUGGUUGGAUUCCUCAAGAUAUGUUUGAAACCUUGAAGAACCAAGGUAUCAUUGUUGAGACAAGUAAUGGUGAUUACAAGAUCGAAACUGACAAGGUAUUGCAAAACCCACCAGAAGAGAAAACUGAAUAG